UGGACUCAAGAUAGAUUAAGUAUUGAUUAUUUAAUUUUUGAAGAAUUCGGCAAGGAAGAGUCCAAGAAAUUCAAAGUCAGCCCAGACGCAGUGAUGCAGCUGGCGUUUCAACUGGCUCUUUACAAGAAAGAAAAAAGGGCUGUAGCGACCUACGAAUCUUGCAGCACCUCAGCUUUCAUACAUGGACGUACUGAGACAGUGAGAUCGUGUACGAAUGAAACCAAAGCACUUUGCAAGGCUAUUGUUGAACAUGGAGCUUCCUCAGUCGGUGAUGAUGAGCUGAAAAAAUUGAUGUUAGAAUGCAGUAAGGCGCACAAUAAUCUCAUGAAAGAAGCUGCGAUGGGCCAGGGCUUUGAUAGACAUUUAUUCGCUUUGAGGAAGAUUGUUGAAGAGUCUGAGGGUAUCAGAAUGCCUCUUCUGUUUAAAGAUCCAGCUUAUGAAAAAUUAAAUCACAAUAUUUUGUCUACUUCGACUUUGUCCAGUCCAGAAGUUAUGGCUGGAGGAUUUGGACCAGUUGUCGAGGAUGGAUAUGGCAUUGGAUAUAUGAUCCAAGAUCACAAGCUAAGCUCAGUAGUGACGUCUUACCGAGACCACCGAGACGCUUCAGAAUACAUUAAGUAUUUAAAAUCAGCAUUUGAAGAUAUCCAUAGGAUUUUAAAGAGUAAA